UCUUUGUGUACCAAGCAUAGCAAAGAGGUACCGGUGGCCAAGGUGUUUCACGGAGUCUGCAGCAGUCACGUAUCACAUGGCGAUGGCAUGUUCCAAUGUUGUUUUCUGAUCAGCAGGCGGUGGUUUCGAACAACCGGGAGUGCUAUCUUACAAAAAGAAAAGAAAAAAAACAAAAAAAAAAACGGUCUAAACUUGCGUAGUAAUUCUUUGUUUUCAGAACUUAGUCUGAAGAAGUUGCAGCUAUGUUGGGACAGAAAGUUAAAGAAGAACCUGGCCAUAGCAGUGUUUUUCACAGCUAUCAAAAAUGUUCAAAUAAUUUAUUAAUUUCUCCAUCAACAAAACCAAAUUCUGGAGGAUCAUGUGUUCCACUGAAAGAAGUGAAUGACAACGAAUAUGAGAAUAGAAGUAUUGGAAAGCAAGAAUAUGAGUUUGACAGCUUAAAGGAACAUUUGGAAAAUAAUAAGAUAGACAUAGAAUAUACAUGCACAUGUUGUGGAAAGAAUUUUGAUUUAAUUUCAUUGAGGGCACAUAUGAGACUUAAUACAAAAGUCAAAUUGGAGGAAAACAUUAAAAUACGUAAUGAAGAAAUGUCAUAUGAAUGUGAACAGCGUGGAUUGAAAUGUACCGAUUUUAAAACGCAUGCAAGGAUACAUACAGGAGUGACUGCAUAUGAUUGUGAAUAUUGUGGAAAGAAAUACAAAUUUAAAAGCCAUUUAAAACAACAUUUGAGGACACAUACAGGACAGAGACCAUAUGAAUGUGAACAUUGUGGAAAGAAAUUUACUAGAAGUAACCAUGUGAAAAGGCAUUUGAAGAUACACACAGGAGCUAAGCUAUUCAAAUGUCAACAUUGUGGGAUAAGAGCUAAUGAUGAAAGUAAUUUAAAACAGCAUUUGAUUAGGGUACAUAGCAAAGAUACACAUACACCAGAGACUCCUUAUAAAUGUAAACAUUGUGGAAAGAAAUUCAAAUCAGCUAGUCAUUUGAAAAGACAUUUAAGAAUACAUACAGCACAGAGACCAUAUGAAUGUGAACAUUGUAGAAAGAAAUUCAAUAGAAGGAGCCAUGUGACAAGGCAUUUGAGGAUACACACAGGAGCUAAGCCAUUUGAAUGUGAACAUUGUGGGAUAAGAGUUAAUGUCAAAAGUAAUUUAAAACAGCAUUUGAUGAGGAUGCAUAGCGAAGACACACCAUUUGAAUGUAAAAGAUGUAGAAUGAAAUUUAAAAGUAAAAGCAGUUUGACAAAGCAUUUGAGGAUGCAUACAAGAGAGAAAUCAUUUGAAUGUGAACAUUGUAGGAGGAAGUUUAAACAUUGCAGCACUUUGAAAACCCAUGCAAGGAUACAUACACGAGAGACUCCAUAUGAAUGUGAACAUUGUGGAAAGAAAUUCAAAUCAGGUGGCAACUUGAAAAAACAUUUAAUGAUACACACAGGAGAAAGACCAUAUAAAUGUGAACAUUGUGGAAAAAAAUUCAAUAGAAGUAGCCAUUUGAAAAGACAUCUGAAGACACAUAAAGGAGAGAUUUCUUAUGAAUGUGAACAUUGUGAAAAGAAAUUCAAAACUAUUAGUAAUUUAAAACAACAUUUGAGGGCACAUACAGGAAUGACUACACAUGAAUGUGUACAUUGUGGAAGGAAAUUCAAUAGAAGUAACCAUUUAAAACAACAUAUGAAGACACACGCAGGAGAAAGGACUCCUUAUGAAUGUGAACAUUGUGGAAAAAAAUACAAAUUUCGAAGCCAUUUAAAACAACAUCUGAGGACACACACAGGACAGAGACCAUAUGAAUGUCAACAUUGUGGAAAGAAAUUCACUAGAAGUAACCAUGUGACAAGGCAUUUGAAGAUACACACAGGAGCUAAGCCAUUUGAAUGUCAACAUUGUGGGAAAAGAGUUAAUGAUGAAGGUAAUUUAAAACAGCAUUUGAUGAGGAUGCACAGUGAAGACACACCAUUUGAAUGUAACAUAAUGAAAUCUAAAACCAAAAGCAGUUUGACAAGGCAUUUGAGGGUGCAUACAAGAGAGAAAUCAUUUGAAUGUGAACAUUGUAUGGGAAAGUUUAAACAUUGCACCUUUUUGAAAACAGAUGCAAGGAUACAUACACGAAAGACUCCAUAUGAAUGUGAACAUUGUGGAAAGGAAUUCAAAUCAGUUGUUCAUUUGAAAAGACAUUUAAGGAUACAUACAGGAGAGAGACCAUACAAAUGUGAACACUGUGGAAAAAAAUUCAAAAUAAAUAGCAAUUUAAAACAACAUUUGAGGACACAUACAGGAGAGAGACCAUUUGAAUGUGAACAUUGUGGAAAGAAAUUCAAUAGAAGUAGCCACUUGAAAAGACAUUUGAGGAUGCACACAGGAGCUAAGCCAUUCGAAUGUGAACAUUAUGGAAAAAUAGUUAAUGACAAAAGUAAUUCAAAACAACAUUUGAUGAGGAUGCAUAGCAAAGACACACCAUUUAAAUGAAAAGAUUUAGAAUGUAGAAUGAAAUUUAAAUACCAAAAGUAGUUUGACAAGGCAUUUCAGGUUGCAUACAUGUAGAAGAGAGAAAUCAUUUGAAUGUAAACACUGUGGAAGGAAAUUCAGUGACAAAGGCAGUUUACGUAUGCAUAUGAGGAUACAUACAGGGGAGAGACCAUAAUGAAUGUGAACACUGUGGAAAGAAGUUUUCUUUUAAUAUCAGUUUGAAAAAAAAA